GCAGCAGGGAAAUACAGAUGCGCAGCCAGUGUUACAAUGAUCUGCUUGAUGUUUAUGCAUCUCUGACUUGUUUCACUCUCUAUAUGAAUUUACAAAGAUGUCAAGAACUGUGUUGAUUUUUAACUGUAUUCCAACCAGCCCUGGGUGAUGCAACGAAUUAAUAAAAACGUGAUUUUGGCGGUUCUGACUGCAGCAAGUUCAUUAUUCCUCAUUUUUCAGUUGUUUUACUUUAAAUAUUAUUUAUCUGGAAAGAAUGGUCAAAGUUUUUCUAACCUAAAUGGAAUCAUAUCAUCACAAGAGACUAUACAAUGGAGAGUGGUGAAGAAGUUUUUAAACUUGGUGACUAAUCACAAAGUACCAGUAUUUGUAGUGGACUCUGCACUUUUACAAGUAAUCAGCAAAGACGUGGAACGUUUGAAAAGCACCCCUGGUAUUCAUCCCCAGUGUCAUUGCUUCUGUGAACACAGAGAUGUUACUACUUUUGGACUUCAAGAUGCACUAUGGGAGGCAAAUGAAAACUUUUUUCGAUCUGCAGAGAAGAUGGGAUUUCAGUGGCAGAAGUAUGAGGGACGAGAUCCAAGACUUGAAGGGAUCGAGGACCUGUCGGGAACAAAAAUCCCACUGCACUACCUCUUCAAAAUGACAUCUCAUAUCAUCCACUUGGUUGUGUUUUAUGAAAGAAGUAGCAACUACCUCUGGCAUGGGCCUCUAAGGCUAAAACGAAAGAUGGACAGAAAGUUUGUGCCUUUCCGGAAACUUCAGUUUGGUCAUUACGCAGGAGCUUACAAUAGACCAGAGCUGAUCCUGAUAACUGCUGAUCAAAUAAAGAUGUGGAUUCCAAAGGACCCAUCAAAGUUUUUGAGAGAGACACUGCGCUCAAGGUUUCUUGAAUGUCGGUACAAGGAAGCUCGAUCAUUUUUCCAGCUGUAUCCUGAUGACUAUUCCGUUGAUGCAAUAGAGUUUAGAAUGCACGCAAAGCGGCUGUUACACUUGGCAACAUCAACCUUGGGAGAUAUUGGAGUCACCUUUUGGUUAAGCAGCGGGACCUGCUUAGGCUGGUUCAGGCAGUGUAACAUUAUACCUUACAGUAAAGAUGUGGAUUUAGGGAUAUUUAUACGUGACUACAAACCUGAAAUAAUCCCAGCUUUUCAGAAGGCAGGACUCCAACUGAAACACAAAUUUGGCAAGGUGGAAGACAGUCUGGAGCUGUCUUUUGUUGAGAAACACAAUGUGAAACUGGACAUUUUUUUCUUUUAUGAAGAAGAUCAUUAUAUGUGGAAUGGAGGAACUCAAGCUAAAAGUGGCAAGAAAUUCAAAUAUCUGUUUCCUAAAUUUACACUUUGUUGGACUGAGUUUGAGGAGCUAAAAGUGCAAGUGCCCUGUGAAGUGAAAGAAUACGUGGAAGCCAAUUAUGGGAAAAACUGGGAUGUUCCUGUGAAAGACUGGGACUGGAAAAACUCUCCACCCAACGUGCAGCCCAAUGGCAUGUGGCCUGUUGAUGAGUUUGCUGAAGUUAUUCAGAUCUACUGAAGAAUACAUGGAAAACAUACAUGGCUAGGGCAUAAUAACAUAUCAGAAAGUUCUAUUCUUAACCUGAAUUCUGUCUUGGUCCUUUAUGUAUACUCCGAUCUGGAUUUUUUGUGCACCUUUAAUAUCUGUUAGUUCCUUUUAGUGUUUUGUGGUAUGAAAUGCAAGCAAAGUGUUUAUAUAAUGCAAAGUAUUCUUGACCUGAAGAUUAUAUUAUUUAAGGGAGGUUUUGGCCACUUUUAAAAUACCACUUAACUAACAAUGCAAGUUACUUGUUUUAUUUAAUUCCUCUCUGAGAUAACGUACGUUAUUUUAAAAAGUUAACAUACCCUUCUAAUAAAAAAGUAUAAUUUUUA